CGCACACGUCGUUAGCCGAGAGGUCGACAAGCGAAUAAUAUCGAUAAAGUAUCCGCCUUCGUUUGCUAUUUUGAGUGGUUUUGUUUUUGUUAGAGAAAUGCCCUCACUGAAAGGAAAAGCGGAUGUUAUAUUUGAUGAGGACGAUCUCCCUUAUGAAGAAGAGAUUAUAAGGAACCCGUAUUCAGUCAAGUGCUGGAUGCGGUAUAUCGAGUUCAAACAGAAUGGCCCCAAAUCUACCCUCAAUAUGAUUUAUGAGCGGGCUCUGAAAGAGCUGCCUGGCAGUUACAAGCUGUGGUACAACUACUUGAGAGAAAGGCGGAAACAAGUCAAAGGGAAAUGCAUCACAGAGCCAGUCUAUGAGGAGGUUAAUAAUUGCCAUGAAAGAGCAUUAGUGUUCAUGCAUAAGAUGCCCAGAAUUUGGCUUGAUUACUGCCAGUUCUUGGUCUCUCAGUGCAAGAUAACAAGGAGUCGGAGAACAUUUGAUCGUGCACUCAGAGGUCUCCCUGUCACUCAGCAUCCUCGCAUCUGGCCUCUAUACCUACGCUUCGCCCGUAACUUGCCCCUGCCUGAGACAGCCAUCCGGGUCUACCGCAGAUACCUUAAGCUGUGUCCGGAGAAUGCGGAGGAGUAUAUAGACUACCUGCAAUCUGUUGGCCGCUUGGAUGAAGCAGCUGUGCGACUAGCAGCUGUUGUCAAUGAUGAAAGCUUUGUGUCCAAAGAGGGCAAAUCUAACUACCAGCUGUGGCAUGCGCUAUGUGACCUGAUCUCACAGAACCCUGAUAAGGUGACCUCUUUAAAUGUGGGGGCCAUUAUCCGAGGAGGCCUCACACGCUUCACAGACCAACUUGGCAAACUUUGGUGCUCGUUGGCAGAUUAUUACAUCCGGAGUGGCCACUUUGAGAAGUCCCGUGAUGUGUAUGAGGAGGCUAUUCUGACUGUGGUGACCGUAAGAGACUUCACCCAAGUGUUUGAUAGUUACAGCCAGUUUGAGGAGAGCAUGAUUGCUGCCAAGAUGGAGACGACCUCUGAGAUGGGACAAGAUGAAGAGGAUGACAUUGAUCUGGAGCUUAGACUGGCCCGCUUUGAACAGCUGAUAACCAGGCGGCCUCUCUUGUUGAACAGCGUAUUACUGCGUCAGAACCCUCACAAUGUCCAUGAGUGGCACAAGAGGGUAAAGCUGUAUGAGGGCAACCCACGGCAAAUCAUCAAUACAUACACGGAGGCAGUGCAGACCAUAGAUCCCAUGAAGGCCACUGGCAAGCCUCACUCGCUUUGGGUUUCCUUCGCCAAAUUCUAUGAAGAAAACGAGCAGCUGGAUGACGCCAGGACCAUCUUUGGGAAGGCCACCAAAGUGAACUACAAGCAGGUAGAUGACUUAGCAAGUGUCUGGUGUGAGUAUGGAGAGAUGGAGCUACGCCAUGAGAACUAUGACCAGGCAUUGCACAUACUUAGGAAAGCAACAGCAAUUCCAGCCAAAAAAGCUGAGUACUUUGACUCAUCUGAGCCAGUCCAGAACAGGGUCUACAAGUCCUUGAAGGUUUGGUCUAUGCUAGCAGACCUGGAGGAGAGUCUUGGAACUUUCCAGUCUACGAAGGCCGUGUAUGAUCGUAUCAUUGACCUCCGCAUCGCUACACCACAGAUCAUCAUCAAUUAUGCUAUGUUCCUCGAAGAACACAACUACUUUGAGGAAAGUUUUAAGGCAUAUGAGCGAGGUAUUUCUCUCUUCAGAUGGCCCAACGUCUAUGACAUCUGGAACACCUACCUUACUAAGUUUAUUGAUCGCUAUGGGGGCAAGAAGCUGGAGAGAGCCAGAGAUUUAUUCGAGCAAGCUUUAGAUGGAUGCCCUGCUAAGUUUGCCAAGACAAUUUACUUGCUUUAUGCUAAGUUGGAAGAGGAGUAUGGUUUGGCGCGACAUGCCAUGGCUGUCUAUGAAAGGGCAACACAGGCAGUGGAGACUGAAGAGAUGCAUCAUAUGUUUAACAUCUACAUUAAGAGAGCUGCAGAAAUCUAUGGAGUUACCUACACCAGAGCCAUCUAUCAGAAGGCCAUUGAGGUCCUUCCAGAUGAGCAUUCUAGGGACAUGUGCCUCCGUUUUGCUGACAUGGAGAGCAAGUUGGGUGAGAUUGACCGAGCCAGAGCAAUCUACUCCUACUGUUCCCAGAUCUGUGAUCCCAGGGUGACCGCUAAUUUCUGGCAGACAUGGAAAGAAUUUGAGAUUCGCCAUGGUAACGAGGACACUAUCAGAGAGAUGCUGAGGAUCAAACGCAGUGUACAGGCCACCUAUAACACCCAGGUCAACUUCAUGUCCUCUCAGAUGAUGAAGGCCACUACCAGCUCCACAGGCACUGUGUCAGACCUGGCUCCAGGCCAGAUGGGGGUAGAUGACAUGAAGAUGCUGGAGCAGAAGGCACAGCAACUUGCUGCAGAAGCAGAAAAGGACAAACCGAAGCCCAAAGAAAAGAUUCUGUUUGUCAGGAGUGACACCUCUCGCAGUGAGCUAGCUGAGCUUUCCAAACAAGCUAAUCCUGAUGAGAUUGACAUUGACGAUGAUGAUGAAGAUGAAGACGAGGAAGGGCAAGAACCAGACGAAGUGCAGCUUGAACAGAAGAGUAUCCCGACAGCUGUCUUUGGAGGGCUAAAAGAUGACUGAAACAGGGAAAAGCCUCAUUGGCUAGCUGUGACCACAUACCUUUAAAAAAAAAGUCUUUGGAUUCCUCUUGUAGUAUGGGUAUUUUCAUAUUGGUAUAUUUUUAUACUGUUUCCCUUGUCAUGUUAGGAUCUAAUGUAUUUGUACCCAAUAAGUGAAUAAAAAUAAGAAGGGCAACAUUGGUGCCUUGGUAAUAUUAUCAUUCAUUCAAUAUCUUUGUGUGGCACAAGCAAAGUGAAUAUUACCAGCCCAAACCACAAGAUGUCCCUCUUUCUCAAUUUUCCAACUGGAAAAAAAAAAUCAGUUUUUAAUUCAUAA